GGGCAAAAGAUCUUAUCAACAUCGACGAUUUUGUCCAGCAUAAUCUAUACCAUGUUCUUUUGUAGGACCCUUUAAAGAUUUGAUGUCACGUAAAAUCUCUAUAUAACAUCACCUGCAUCCCCCUCCUUAAGUCCACUUUCUCAACUUUCUGCUUUCUUCCUUUUUCAAGCUCCAUUAGCUACCCACCUUGACCUAUUUCUUAUUGGAAGAUCCUGCCAUUUUCCUACUUUUUUUUCUGAUCAAGUUUUUGAAAAUUUAACAUUUUGAAGGAGAUGAAGGAGGGUGGCAGAAAACAAGUUCCAAUGUCGCCAUGCGCGGCAUGCAAGCUUCUUAGAAGGAGAUGCGCAAAGGAUUGUGUGUUUGCUCCUUAUUUCCCUGCAGAUGAACCCCAGAAGUUUGGCAGUGUGCACAGGGUUUUUGGAGCUAGCAAUGUGAACAAAAUGUUACAGGAGUUACCGGAACACCAACGGAGUGAUGCGGUUAGUUCGAUGGUAUAUGAAGCCAAUGCAAGGGUGAGGGAUCCGGUGUAUGGAUGCGUGGGAACCAUUUCCUCUUUGCAGCAACAAGUUGAUGUGCUUCAAACCCAAUUGGUACUAGCACAAGCUGAGGUUGUGCAAAUGAGAAUGCGCCAAUUCUCAACCUCAUCAUCAGAUCAGCACCAACCUCCAACACUCUCCAAUUCAUCCUCACUGAACUUAUACCAAUCAGGCAGGUCCCUUUUAGGCACAGACAUGGGUCAAUCCUUGUGGUCAUACUAACUCAAUUAGCUUAUAUAUGGUGUGCUUAUGUAUAGUAUAUAUAGAUAUAAACUAAUCAGAAGUUUAAGACCUAUUGGAAUUGUAAUAGAAAAAUGACAUUAAGGCUCAUGUUUUAAGUUAUUUUAAUGAUAUCUUGAGCUUUUAAUUGGUUA